AUGGGGCUUGUGAAGCUGUUGAGCCUCUGGCCCUUUGUUGUCGCUCGUCCGCUUGCUAGUUCCUCUGCCACCACAUCUCAGGAUAUACUGGCGGCCGAGACUACCGUCGACCAGAGUACUAUCACCAUCCUUCCCACCUGGGACGUGAUCGGCCCAUUCAGAUUAGGAACUCGAGAAGCGGUUUGGGGCGCUGACCUUCUUGAGUUUUACGGAGGGAUCCAGUACAACACUCCGAAUGAAGCGACCUGCUUCCCGAGUCCGUUGGCGAGAAACGCGACAGUGCAAUGGGCUCGGCAGAAGUAUAGCCCGAGGAUAUCGAACGGUGAACACUCACUGACUCUUUCUCUUGACUUUGACGGGAUUGAUUGGGACUUCGCUCAAAAAGUUUAUGGAUGGUCGGCAUUUCAGUAUCAAGCAUGGGCGAAAGGGGAGAUCUUCAACCAGGACACGGUGAGUAGAGUUGUCAAUGUCUUCAGCGACAAUAUUAUUGAACUCUGGAUCAAUGAUAUGCAUGUCUUUGGUGGGGACUUCUUCGGCUUUGGACGAAUUCCCAUGCUGGUUGAACUCCACCCUGGGGUUAACAACAUCAGCGUACGACUUGUGCGUGAGGUUCGCUCCAUGGGGGGCGGUUUCCCUCCAACAGUCCAAGCAGGUCUGAGGAUAAAACCUGCUUCUGAAGAGGUCGCAGUUGUCACAGAUGGCUUGGUGAUGCCCAAUGUGGUCAAUGGGAGAUUUUGCACACGAUAUGGUAGCAUCCCGGUCCGAAACCAAGGUGCGACAUGGAUAUAUGUGCACCGGAUAGCAGCCGUGUCUGCGGAAAGCAGUUAUGUCGUUGCCAGUCAAGACAUACGCCUUGCGCCUGGCCAAUCGCGUCCAGUAAAGAUGGUCUUCGAUACCAACUUCAGAUUGAACAAAUCAUUGAAGCUCGUGCUGGUGUAUUCAGGUCAGGACGGGAGGCUAAACGAGAUCACCUUCACUGCACAGCCGGAGCAUGUAGAAAUGUCCUCCUUACAGAGGAUUACAUACACCCAUCCAAGCGGCACAAUAUCUUAUGCGAUGUUGAAGCCGCCACCUACGGCCAACAAGACAAAAAGCCACGACUUACCUGUCAUCUUGAACCUUCAUGGAGCUGGCGUGGAGGUAGAUGGACCCCUGGCGCGACAUAUGUUUGACGAUGCUCCUCAUCUGCCGGCAUGGAUACUCACCCCCACAGGCAUGAGUCCCUGGAGCGGUGAUGAUUGGCAUACUUGGGGAUUUGCUGAUGCUCAGUCCGCAGUGGCCGCAGUUGCUGACUGGAUUGACACCACAGGAUGGGACGGUCCAGGCGUGUAUUCUGAGAAGCUUCUUGUUGCCGGCCACUCCAACGGUGGGCAGGGGACGUGGUAUUUUGCUUCCCAUCAACCUGAUCGGGUUAUAGGUGCCGCCGUUGCGUCGGGAUACUCUUCGAUUGAAAACUACGUGCCAUACGUCUUGUGGAAUGAAGCAUCCCCUCUCCAAAACGCUCUUCUCGAGAACUCAAGAAGCAGCUUCCGCCAUGAGAUCUUGACUGAAAAUUUGGUGGGCAUCUCGAUCUUACAACAACAUGGAUCAGCUGACGACAAUGUUCCGGCCUACCACUCUAGACUGAUGAACGUCUUGUUGGCACAAGUAGGGCAAGUGGUGCAGUAUUCGGAGAUGUUGCACAAGGGACAUUGGUUUGACGGCACAAUGACCACCAAAUCAAUGAUGGAAUUCUACUGGCGACAUCUGACUGCAUGGCGUAUUAAGCUCACUGUGCCCGUAUCUUUUGUUUUUGUCAUUCCAAACUCCCAUGACAUGGGGUCCAGGUAUGGGAUCGUUGUUGACCAGUUGUCAACCCCAGACAGACUGGGGAGAAUAAAGGUAACAACCAGUGUAUGUGGAUCUCUAGUUCAGUGGCAUAUACGGACAGAGAAUAUCCACCGAUUUCAUAUAGAUCCCAACGCACGGCUGGCGAAUGCUCCUGACCAAUUCCUCAUCGAUGAUGUGCCACAUGUUUUUGACGCCGGAAGUGGAUUGCCUCCUUUUGUCAAGACCACCUCCAAUGUUUGGGUCAGGGAGGUCACCCUGGAUUGGAGGACGUUGGACCAGAGAUUCGGUCGUCAAAGAGGAGCCUUGGACGCAAUACUUCGAACAACUGGACCAUUUCAAGUCGUCCACGAUUCCGACCAGACACUGUCCAUCGCAGUACAAACAAGCCGAAACUUUUUGCAGUAUUUUGGAGCCGAUACAACCGUUGUUCCUUUCUCCGAGUAUGGACAAGCAUUGGAGAAUGAGGGAAAUGUUCUCACAAUCUGCCUGGGACUGUCGAUACCAGAGGCUCGCUUCCCAGGAUUUCCAAUUCGACUUGCUAAUGAAAAAAUCCUCAUUACUGCACCAGGGUCGGGAUCGAUAUCGUUGCAUUUGGAAGCAGGAAUGGGUGGAGUGUGGCUUCGACCUCUGCUGAGAGAGCGUUUGGAGCUUGUCGUGUGGGGGUUCGACGAGGUUGGUUUGCGACAAGCUGCAAGGCUGAUACCCACGGUAACUGGAGCUGGUCAGCCGGAUUUCGUGCUUUUGGGUAAUGAGGCAAGGUGGAAAGGUCACGCAGGUGCUAUCGCAAUGGGCUUCUUCGAUCGCAACUGGAUGAUAUCAUCUGCUUCAUACCUGCCCUGA